UACACCCCAAAACCUUCCCAUUUCUCGCACAUAAAAACACCCAAACACCUCCCAAAUUUCAUUUCAAUCUACCCCAAACAAGAUUCCAAUGGAUUCAACCCAACUCAAUCUGUCCAAUCUCUUCCAAACAAUCAUCUCUUCCCCUCACUUCCAUUUCAUAACCAUAUCUAUUCUAACUCUAAUUACACUCUACAUCUCCUUCAAACCAAACCCAACUUACCUCAUCGACUUCUCCUGCUACCGCCCUCCAGAAUCCCACCGCAUCCCCCUCUCCACCUUCAUGGAACACACCCAAAUCUGCGCUGGAUUCGACAACUCCAGCAUCAAUUUCCAGAUCAAAAUCAUGGAGCGUUGCGGUCUAGGCCAAGAAACAUGCGUCCCUGAAAACAUCCAUCAACUCCCUCCCGACCGCUCAUUCCAUUCCUCCCUCCUCGAAAUUGAGACUAUCAUCUUCACCGCCGUCCAAAAUCUCCUCACCAAACACUCCAUAAACCCAAAUUCCAUCGACAUUCUCGUGUCCAACUGCAGUCUCUUCAGUCCAACACCGUCCAUAACAUCAAUGCUCAUUAAUAAAUUUCAAUUCCGGACCGACAUCCGCAGCUUCCAUCUAUCCGGCAUGGGCUGUAGCUCCGGACUCCUAUCGAUCAAUCUAGCAAACGACCUUCUUAAAGUCCAUAAAAAUUCAAUGGUGUUGGUUCUAAGCAUGGAAGCAAUAACACCUAAUGGAUAUCCAGGGAAAGUGAAAUCCAUGCUACUAACCAACUGCUUGUUUCGAAUGGGCGGCGCUGCCAUCCUACUAUCCAACCGAAGAAGUGAUCGGAGCGUAGCGAAAUACAUACUCCACCAUCUUCUACGUACAAAUCUCUCAUCAGAUGACCGUUCAUACAAAUGUGUAUCCCAAGAAGAAGAUGAUGAGGGGUUCAUGGGUGUUUCUCUAUCAAAGGACAUCCUACAUGUGGCUGGCGACGCUCUUAGAGUCCAUGCCGACAUGCUUGGGCCGUUGGUACUGCCUUAUAUCGAGCAACUGCGAUAUGGGUGGUCGGUGAUCGUCAAGAAAUGGUGGGGCCCAUUUGGGAAGGGGACCAUCUACAUGCCUAAAUUCAAGAAAGCGUUUGAUCAUAUUUGUAUACACGCGGGAGGGAGGGCUGUGAUUGACGUGAUUGAGAGCGUUCUUGGGAUGAGUAAGGAGGAUAUGGAGGCAUCGAGGAUGACGUUGUAUCGGUUUGGGAAUACAUCAUCUUCUUCGAUCUGGUAUAUUCUCUGCUACAUGGAGGCGAAGGGGUUAGUGAAGAGAGGUGAUCGGGUCUGGCAGCUUGCGUUUGGGAGUGGGUAUAAGUGUAACAGUGCUGUGUGGAGGUGUGUAUCGGAUCUUAAACUUGAUAUUGGAAAUGCAUGGUCGGAUCGGAUCCAUUCGUAUCCGGUGGAGGUGCCGGAGUGUUUGGACCAUUGAUUCGGAGUUGAUGGUUGUGUGAUGGUUUUGGACCAUUGAUUUAGAGUCUUUGAUGAUUGAUUGAUGGUCUUGUAGGUAGAAAGUGUUUUGGAUAUUAGGUUUGUGGGGAUGGAAUCGUCUACGUGGGGUGGAGCAUGUUGUAAUCGUGAAACCUACUCAGUCCAUCAUAUGCGCAACCCUGAGUGAUUGAGUUAUAUUAUAUUUGGGUGAAUGAAUACUCAACUUUGAGUGAGUGAAUCCUCAAAGCAUAUGUAGUUUAUUGCC